CCAAACCACACCCACUCCGCCGCACCCACAGGAAGAGAAGAGGAGUGAGAGAACGAGGUAGGAGCUGCGCCGCGCAAGAACCAGAACCAGAAGCAGAGCAAGACGCGGGGGCCGAUCCAUGGGCGACCUGGCACUCUCUCCACGCACCGUGUAAAUCGCCCAAAUCUCACUCGCUCCGGUACCAAGUCAGUCCACCAGUCUACCCCAUCCACCCCACCCGCCGCGGCCCAGGGCGAGAGUCAAACCGGAACUGCAUUUGCCGCCGACCGUUGCCACCUCCACCACGCCGGCGGGCGGCGGCGGCAGCCACGGCGCCAGGGAUGAAGGGAGGCGGCGGCGCCGCCGCCGGGAAGGAGACCGCCACCGGCUCCUUCCUCCGCUUCCUCCUCCUGCUCCUCCUCCCCCUCACCGCCCUCUACUUCUUCUACACCCUCCACCUCCUCCUCGCCUCCGCCGCCUCCUCCGCCGCCACCUCCUCCUCCAACUGCCCGCCCGACUCCACCACCGCCCGCCUCUCCACCACCAACCGCACCGCCGCCGCCACCGCCACCACCACCACCGCCACGGCCACGACGCUGCAGCACGUGGUGUUCGGCAUCGCGGCGUCGGCGCGGUACUGGGACAAGCGCAAGGAGUACAUCAAGACGUGGUGGCGGCCGCGGGGCGCCAUGCGCGGGUACGUCUGGCUAGACCGCGCCGUCCCCGACUCCAACCUCUCCACCUCCGCCACCGGCCUCCCCGCCCUCAAAAUCUCCUCCGACACCGCCGCCUUCCCCUACACGCACCGCCGGGGCCACCGCUCCGCCAUCCGCAUCUCGCGCAUCGUCUCCGAGACCUUCCGCCUGAACCUCCCCAACGUGCACUGGUUCGUCAUGGGCGACGACGACACCGUCUUCUUCCCGGACAACCUCCUCGCCGUCCUCAACAAAUUCGACCACCGCCAGCCCUACUACAUCGGGUCCCUCUCCGAGAGCCACCUGCAGAACAUCUACUUCUCCUACGGGAUGGCCUACGGCGGCGGCGGGUUCGCCAUCAGCCGCCCGCUGGCCGAGUCCCUCGCGCGGAUCCAGGACGGCUGCAUCCGCCGCUACCCGGCGCUCUACGGCAGCGACGACCGGAUCCAGGCCUGCAUGGCGGAGCUCGGCGUGCCGCUCACCAAGCACCCCGGCUUCCACCAGUACGACGUCUACGGGGACCUCCUCGGCCUCCUCGCCGCGCACCCCGUGGCCCCCAUCGUCACCCUGCACCACCUCGACGUCGUCGCGCCACUAUUCCCAAACUCUCCCUCCCGGCCCGCCGCGGUCCGCAGGCUCUUCGCCGGGCCCGUCAAGCUCGACCCGGCGGGGAUAAUGCAGCAGUCCAUCUGCUACGACGGCGCCAACCGCUGGACGGUGUCCGUGGCCUGGGGCUUCGCCGUGCUCGUGUCCAGGGGCGUCACCUCGCCGAGGGAGAUGGAGAUGCCGGCCAGGACGUUCCUCAACUGGUACCGCCGCGCCGACUACACCGCCUACGCGUUCAACACCAGGCCACUCGCGCGCACCCCGUGCCACAAGCCCGCCGUCUACUACCUCACGCCGGACGCGCGCGGCGGCGGGGAGACAACGGUCACGCGCUACCAGCGGUGGCGCCCCGCCAACGAGACGCGGCCACCGUGCCGCUGGAAUAUCACCGACCCGGACGCGCAUCUCGACCGCAUCGUCGUGCUCAAGAAGCCUGACCCGGGGAUAUGGGACCGGUCACCGAGGAGGAACUGCUGUAGAGUGAUGUCGUCGCCCAAGGGUGCGAGGAAGACGAUGACCAUCGACGUGGGCGUCUGCAGGGACGGCGAGUUCAGCCAAGUAGUUUAGUCUGUCCAGACAGAGGAGAGUAGGACGAUUCUAUAAAUUUUUUCUCUACCUGUAAUUCUUGCUGGAAGAUAACAAACGAGACCCUCGUUUGGUCA